GUGGUACUGCAAUAACGGCAGAGAAGAGGUGUAGCAAUCUGAACAAAUGGUGCAGAUCGUGCCAAAUCGGGUCGCAAGCUUCGGGCGUAAGAGGGCAGAGAUAUGGCAGGAGGCCGGGGAGAAAGCGUGUGAAGGGGGCCGCUUAUUACCUUUGCAGGCUUAUCUAGUGCAUGAGUUGUGUAGACAGUGCGGUUGAGAAGCGGUACAGCCUCAGACCAGAUAAGCGGAGACACGGGGCGGUGGGUAUAUAAAGAAGACGGUGGGAUCUAGCAGUGUGGAAGUGGGUGCAGAGAAGGAGCAAUUUCUCUGUCUGGGAGAGGUAUAUCGGCAAGCGAGUAUGUCGGACAUCGAAAAGGAAGCUAGCAAGGUCGAGCUGCACUCGACCUUCUCGAAGGACAACAUCGACACGGACCAGGUGCUCUCGCACAUCAAGUCCAUCGAUGGCAGAAUUGUGGACAUCACCGGUGACGUCGACGAGGCGAUGGAGUAUGCGCUGGACGCAAAGAGCGUGGAGCUCACCGAGGAGGAGGAGCGGAAGUUGUUGCGCAGAAUCGACAUGUUUCUGUUGCCGUUGAUCUGCGUGUUGUACGCGAUGCAGUUCAUGGACAAGGUGUCGUCCGGGUACGCAGCCGUGAUGGGCUUGCGGACCUACUACGACAUGCACGGAGACCAGUACUCGUGGUGUGGUAGUGCCUUCUACUUGGGCUACUUGGUGUUCGAGUUCCCCAUCAGCAUGGUGCUCCAGCGGUUCCCCGUCGCCAAGGUGUCCGGUCUGUUCAUUGUGCUGUGGGGAAUGAUUCUCUGUUUGCACGCCGCACCUAAGACGUACGCCGGGUUCAUCACGUUGAGGACGUUUCUCGGGAUCCUCGAGUCCGCGGUCACGCCAGCCAUGGUGAUCAUCACCGGACAGUGGUACAAGGCCGACGAGCAGUUCUUGAGAACUGCGUGCUGGUUCGCCUGCAACGGGCUCGGCACGAUCAUGGGCAGUGCCAUUGCGUACGGCCUCGCCAUCCGCGAGGGCUCGUACUCCCUCGAGGCGUGGAAGGUGUUGUUCAUCGUCAUCGGAUGCAUGACCAUCGCCGUCGGAUUCAUGAUUGUCCUGCACAUCCCCGACUUGCCCGUCAAGGCGUGGUUCUUGAACGAGGAGCAGAGAAAGCAGGUGGUUGUGCGCAUCAAGAGCAACAACCAGGGCUUCGGUAACAGACACUUCAAGAUGCACCAGUUGAAGGAGGCGCUUCUCGACGUCAACACGUGGAUCUGCUUCUUCUACGCGAUCGCCAUCGACAUUCCAAACGGUGCGUUGACCAACUUCGGCGCCAUUCUUCUUAAGGAGACCUUUGGAUACAGCUCCACCGAGAGCUUGCUCAUGAACAUGCCCUCCGGGGCCGUCGAGCUUGUCGGCUGCAUCCUCUUUGCGUGGCUGCAGAAGUACUUCAAGCACAAGCUGGCGAUCGCCACCUUCACCAUGUUUUUGACGCUUGUCUCGUGCUGCAUGCUUGCCUUCGCCAUGGGCUCGCCCAACGCGCGGUUGGCCGGGUACUACCUCUUCAGCGUCAUGCCUGUCGGCAUGAUCUGCUGUCUCUCCUGCUUCACCUCCAACGUCGCCGGCCACACAAAGAAGAUCACCGUGAACGCCCUCUUUUUGAUCGGGUACUGUGUCGGCAACUUGAUCGGGCCCCAGACCUUCAUUGCCGCCCAGGCGCCCCAGUACAGAGGAGGCCAGAUCUCCAUGGUGGUGUGCUACGCCGUCUCCGUCGUCCUCAUCUCCUGGCUCUACUACAACUACUGGGCCGAAAACAGAAGAAGAGACAAGCUUCUCGCCGAAGGUGUGCUCGAGAUCCCUGACAUCGAGAACAUCGAGUUCGCGGACCUCACCGACAAAGAGAACGUCAAGUUCAGAUACAAGUUGUGACCCUGCUCCCACCCCGCCCCGAACGCUUCCCCAGCAUGGACACGCCAACGUGAAGGACCCGAACAAGGGGAGAGCCGGAUGCUCAAAAGUACGCCGUGCC